AUCAUAUCCGAUCUACAACACAGUCUAUCAAGGCAUCAAUUCAUCCAUACAAGUCGUUCAUUUCGUCCAUCGUUUUUGUUUUGUACCCAAACUUUUACACCCUUCUUGUUCCAUCGAUUCCUUCAAUUAUUCCAUUGUAUUCAACUUUCAACAUUCUUCUUCUUGAUUGAGGAAUUUUUUAUAGUCGGAUAUCCAAGUCCCUAGCAUUUUUUUUUGUGAUAUUUUUCAUCAUGAUGAGUUCUUUACAUCCUUAUGCUGCAUCACAAUACGUAGCAUCUUCAAAUCAACUUGCUCAACCUCAACCCUCACCACGUGCCAGUCGGUGGUACGUCACCCCAGCAUCUAUCUCCUUGAUCAACUUAUCCGAUCACCACUCGGUAAAGAAAUCUACCACUUCUUCCUCUCAAAAGACUUCUACACUUUCUCCUAUACUUUGGAAAUCUCCACAAUCUUCUAGUAGUAGUCAUCGACUUUCUACUAUUCCAUCUUACUUGAAGAUCUCAUCCACAUCAAAUCAAGAUGACGAUGACCAUAACAAUUCAAAGCGCUCAACUCUAAGUUCGUUACUUAAACGUUCAAAGGGCCUUUUGCGUCGACGUCAAAGUAUGCGGACUAGGGUCUCAUCUGAUCAACAAGUCAUCGAGAAACCAAAACCUACCAUCAAGAUUCAAACAGGCAUACCAAGAAGUUCACAAGACUCGACCAUCACUCGCCACACAGCACGAAAGUUAUCAACGUCUUUCUUAGAUAUCGAUGAAGAAUCCGAACCAUGCGAUGAAGAAGAAGUAAACCGAGCAAGAACCCCAUCACCAAGUCUUUCCGACAUCGAAACGUGUUUUGAACUCACCCUUGAUGAGACCCCCAAGAAAUCCGUUCCAUCUCGCAGUAAUGGCAGUACUUCUUAUCCAUACAGCUCACCGAUCCAUUCAUUCUUUUCCACAUCGACAAUCGAGUCAACCCACUCAAUGUUUUCAAACUCUUUACCUGUUACUCCAAGUACCACGACGAUCGGAAGUCUUCGUUCACCUGAUCCUACACUCGAAUCUUCUUCAUCUCGUAAUCCUUACAUGAACUCGUGUAUUGGACUUUUAUCUAGUUUGACAUCUUUAAAUGAACUUUCUUCUGAUCUUCCUAACCAACAUCGAUCACUCUUAAAUGAUGAAAUUAAACAAUGGAACUCUAGAGUCAACAAAUGUAAAAACACAUUUACAAAAGAAGAUGAAAGUCUAUGAUCUGAUCAUUGAAGAAUCAACUUGAUGGAAUUUAGGUUUUGGGAUUCAUAAGUAAAUAAUCAAAGAAGAAAAAGAUGUAUAAAUCCUUUUUUUGGCUUUUUCUUUUUUUUGGAAAAUCAUUUCUUGGGUCUUUAUUUAAUUUUUACAUAUUUUUCGAUUUAUUAUGUAUAUAAAACUUGAUGUUUAAUUUUGUAUAUAUUUCUUAAACACAGAUGAAUGGUGUUUUUUCUCAUAUAUAUAUUUAUCAAAUCAUCAUACUACAUAAUUCUUUUUGUGAAAACUAAUAAUUUCAAAGUUAUAAAAUCAAUUUCUUUAAACUUUUUAAUUUCUAUUUAUAAAUUCAAUUAAUGUAAAUAAAACUGGUGUUUAAAUACAUAUUCACAUACAUAUUUUGUUACCAAAGAAUUGUAUACAUGAUUAAUUUUUUGAUUACUUCACUCUCUUAAUUGAAAAAAACACAAAUCAUUUAACCUUUUCUUUCUUUUUUUGUGAUGUUGUUUAAGCAUUUACUACAUUCAAUUUCAAACAUGUUCAUUUCUUCUUUUUAAAACUUCUUCUUUUUCUUGUUCAAUACCUUUCUUUCUUUUUCUUUUUGAAUACCAAAUGUUUAUAAGUACACAAUCUAUCAUUUAUCCAUUCCUUUUUUCGUGUCAGAUUGUUUUCUUUCUUUUUUGAUGACUGAAAUGUAACUUUUUGUUUUCAUCAAGCAUAACUUGACUUGUAUCUCAAAAUGUUCAUUGGUCUUUUUGGAAAAUUUAAUCAAACAAAUGUUUUAUUUUUGGAUUAUC